AUGAAUGGUAGUGUGGAAAUUGGGUCUAGCUCACGGGCACGCAGUCCUGCUACUGGAGUGGGGUCGCAGCCGGAGCAAUCUGUGCAACAAGAUCCGGUGGAGGAGGCUUCUCGGCGACAGCAACAGCAGGAGACGGAAGAUACUCAGGAUUCAACCGAGGAGACGGUGAGAAGCAGGCUACAGCGACAUUUGGAUUUGGUAGCAAGACAUUUCAACAUCCUUGAUAGACUAUUCAAACGAAAUAGGACGACCGUGCCGUUUUCAGAGUCGCAUGUAUUACAGUUUGGGGCACACGCAGAUGGUGUGUUCAGUAAUCUUACGGCAAAACCAGAAAGUGGGAGUAGCCGAGAAGCCACAGAAGGCGACAAGCCUCCUACAUAUGACGAAGCAGCAGCAGAUAUGGCGCCUCCUUAUUAUGGUAUUGAUGAUGAUGGUGUGGGAAUGUAUUAUAACGAGAUUUGCAUCGAUGGAUUACCUGUAGGGAACAUUGUUAAUUUUCUCUGGAACCUGAUAAUCAGUGUGAGUUUCCAGUUUGUUGGGUUCUUAUUGACUUAUAUAUUGCAUACCUCGCAUGCAGCCAAACAAGGUUCCCGCUUUGGGCUCGGUUUGACCUUUAUGGGGUAUGGUUAUAGCAUGAUUCCAAACGAUGUCACAGGAAAGGUUGGUAAGGGCAAUGAGCUGACGAGAUUCCAGAUAGAAGAUCCUAACAACUUUGCUGAUAUAACCCCCGAGUCUCUGCAACAGGAACCCGAAGACCAGUUUGAAUCACAUCUAUCCCAUGGUUUAAUGGAGAAACGAAGUUCUCUAUCUCCUCUGGCUGUGAUUUUGAUUGUGUUUGGGUUUGCUAUUUUAAUUAAGAGUAUUUAUGACUACGUUUUGGUUAAGAAAAUGGAAAGACAGUUUUUGGUCCAAAGUGAGACUCAAACUGUUUAA